GGCCCCGCCCCGGGCCCCGCCCCCAGCUCGCCUGGGACAGCCCGGAGCGGGAAGCUGGCUGGCUAAACCCGGCUGGGAGCGCCGGGGCGCUGUAAGGAGGGGGCGGGCCCGGGAGCUUUGGCCCCAGGAGCGGUUGCCGGGGAGGGGCGGUGACGCGGCCCGAAGGCGGAAGUGAGAAAGUUGCCGGCGACCCGAGGCGAGUUGGUGGAGCUGUGCGCGCGGCGCGGUGAUGGGGGGCUCGGGCAGUCGCCUGUCUAAGGAGCUGCUAGCCGAGUACCAGGACUUGACGUUCCUGACCAAGCAGGAGAUCCUCCUAGCGCACAGGCGGUUUUGUGAGCUGCUUCCCCAGGAGCAUCGGAGCAUGGAGGAAUCACUGCAGGCACAAGUGUCCUUCGAGCAGAUCCUCAGCCUUCCAGAGCUCAAGACAAACCCCUUCAAGGAGCGAAUCUGCAGGGUCUUCUCUACAUCCCCAACCAGAGACAGCCUGAGCUUCGAGGACUUCUUGGACCUCCUCAGUGUGUUUAGUGACACAGCAACCCCAGACAUCAAGUCCCACUAUGCCUUCCGUAUCUUCGACUUUGAUGAUGAUGGAACCUUGAACAGAGAAGACCUGAGCCGGCUCGUGAACUGCCUCACAGGAGAGGGCGAGGACACCCGGCUCAGUGCUGCAGAAAUGAAGCAGCUCAUUGACAAUAUCCUGGAAGAGUCCGACAUUGAUAGGGAUGGGACCAUCAAUCUCUCUGAAUUCCAGCACGUCAUCUCCCGUUCACCGGACUUUGCCAGCUCCUUUAAAAUUGUCCUGUGACAGCGCCCCAGCAUGUGUCCCAGCACCCUGUCCAAGAACUUUUCCACUGCUGAGCUGUGGCCAAGGUUAAGCCUGUGUUGCCUGGGCCAGCUCCAGGCUGGCCCAGCCUGGAGCUGGCACUGUGCAGUCUGGCCCUAGGUAGGGGAGCGCCCUCCUUGUCAGGGCCUCUUCCCUUCUCACCGCCAUUGUCAUCGCUCCGUUUGUGUUUCUACUAAUCAUUAAUAAACGUUUAGAAGUUUU